UCGGGGCGUGACACUUAUGGUGGAAGUGACUCUAGGGGUGAGGACUCUGGUGAUGGUCGUGGCUAUGUGAGUAGGAAACCCUCUGGAUCUCAAGUUCCUUUGAAGAAGCGGCUGGACCCUUCAGAAGUAGAUGAUGAACAUGGCAGCCAGGAAGAACGUGAUUAUAAUGAUAGCGGUUCUGACCGUGGGGGAGAGAGCAAUGAAUCUGAUGUUGGCAGUAAUCUUUACAAAGAUGAAGAUGACAGGCGAAAGCUUGCAGAAAUGUCUGAACUUCAAAGAGAGCUGAUUCUGUCCAAGAGAGCGCAGAAGAAAGAUGAUUAGAGUCUAAAGGAGAAAUUCAGACCAAAGUGGGAUAAAGGGAAGGCCACACAGUCCAGGAAAGUGACCCCACCUCUUCCAUCUUCUCGAUGGAAGACUCAAGCGCAAUGUUCAAUGGCCUUGAUGAAGCAGAUUUUUUCUCCUGUAUUGUAGAAACUCAAUAAACAAGUGCAGAAAUGUACUGCAAUCUCACUCGAUCAUGAAAU